AAUCAAGAAAACACGUUCCAGAGCCUACCCUGAGACCUUAAUAUCGCCGAUAGUAUAAAGAUGAUUGAUGGGGUGGCUGACUUGCUUACUGAUUACAUUACCCCUCAAUCCAUGCCGCCCCGCUCCCCAAAAUUCAUCUGAGUGUAUCCACUGAUAGCAGCUGAACAGCUUAAUUGGGAAUAAAGCAUGAUGAUCUUACGAGCUGAGGAUCAAUAAUCUUGAGCUGGUCGCAUCCACAGUGCGAGAGGGGCGCUCGCUUAAUAUUGAAUCUCUUACCCGCCCCCUUGCUGCAUGGACUACCGAUCUUGAUUUUCUUGCAUAUCGCCAUUUCCGUCCAAUUGCUUCACAAUCAAAACAAAAUGGCGACCGGCACAUACUCCAUGCAGGCCUCUGCUCUCAGAGCUAAGCAGUAUGCGUUGAUUGAUGGUCGCCCUUGCCAAAUAAUUCGGGCAUCAUUUUCGAAUGACGAGUGCCAUCUCGAGGUAAAGGACUUGUUUCUUGGCAACGAGUUCAAGGCCACCUUCCACCAAGAUGACAAUGUGGAAGUUCCGAACGUCGACCGAACUGAAUACUCUCUUGUGAAUAUCGACGACGGAAUGCUUAACCUGAUGGCACAGGAUGGAAACCCAAAGGAUGAUUUGAGUACCCCAAAUAACGACCUUGGGACUCAGAUUAAGGAGGACUUUGAGUCUGGGAAAGAGAUGCUUGGAUAAGAGAUAUACUGUCUAAAGGAUUCAAAUCCCUGCACCUCUCCACUAAACUAACAAAU